AUGAAUAUCCCUCAAAUCUAUCAUCUAGAAGGCGACGUUUGACUUGUCCCAUGCAUAGCAAAUUAUAACCAAAAUGAAUUCCAGCCACUCGCAAUCCCCAUGGGCACAGGGAUCUCUGAUGAUUCUUCUUCAAAAAAGCAAGGCUGAAGUGAAGCAGAAGACGAGAUGCUUCUAAAAAUAGUAGAAUCUAAAGGAACCAAAGUCUGAAGCGCCAUAGCUAGAGAACUUAAUUCCAUAAUUUAUGCAGGCAAUAACGUAAGACAAGGCCGACAAUGCAGGGAAAGAUGGUAUAACCAUGUAGACCCAAAUUUAAAAAAAGGUAACUGGACUGCGGAAGAAGACAUUUUCAUACUAGAACAGCAGAGGGUCCACGGUAACAAGUGAAGCGAAAUUGCAAAACAGCUACCUGGGAGGACAGAAAAUAGUGUAAAAAAUAGAUGAAAAAGCAUGAUUAAAAAAGCUAUAUUUUCUUAUAUGAAAAAUAUAGAAAAUUUUUUAUAAAAAAAUAAAAGUUUUUAUUUAUUAGAAAAUGCAUAUAAGAGAACAUCCACAAGGGAGUGACGUGAUCACAAUUUUGAUACAGGAAAAGAAGGGAGGGGAGGUGGAUAUGGAAGAAAAUUAUGAUGAAAGUGAACUAGAAAACAAAGACGAAACUGAUCAUAUUUUUAGUGCUUAUGAGCUAGGGUCAAAUCAGACUAAUAUAAUACAGCAGCCUCAGCCUCAGCAGACUGCGAUUAAUUCAGUUAGAAAUAAACUGUCAAGUAUGGCGUGUGAAACUGCAUUUGGGUCUGGGAAAGGAUAA